AGAGAGAACAUAUCAUAAGAGACAGAAGCUCCGAGCAGCUUUCAGACCCUUAAGAAAGAAUAUAUUUUACUCAUCUAUCUGACGAUAACAAUGACCAAAACUGUUGGUUAAUUUUGCAAUAUUUUACAAUUCUUGGCACUAUCUUACAAGUUUUGAAAUCAACUGGCCGGUGUCAUGUCAUCAGAUACUUAUAAAUAUAACUAGUUUAGCUUAUAAUUAGGAAUAUAUUGAAGAAUUAAAGAGAGGAGAGCAAGCUAAGUAUUGGAAUGAAGAGAAAAAGAGAUAUGGAGAUAGAGUCAACUGAAAUACGAUCUGCUAUUCAAGAACUUUCCAUGUUGCAGCUGCUCAAAGUACAACCUGAAGAAGCUGAAGCUGAAGCUGAUGAUCAUAAUAUUACCACUAUUCCUACCUUGCCUUUUCUCUCUAUCUCUACUUUGGUCCUUCAAGUUCUUGAUAAGAUAGGGCCAACAAUGACAGUAUUGAGACAAGACAUAUAUCAGAACAUCCAGAGAUUGGAAAAGAUCCAUGAUUCAGACCCUUCCCUCUACUCAAAUAUAGUUGAGAUAUUAAAGAAAGAGGUUAAUGAGGGCAAAGAAAGAAAGGGUCCUAGCUGUAGCAAAGCUGUUCUUUGGCUCACCAGGUCCUUGGAUUUCACAUUAGCAUUGUUACAACUACUGGUUGAAGAUUUAGAGAGGAAUAUGGAGCAAGCAGUUCAAGAAUCUUACACUAAAACUCUUAAGCCAUGGCAUGGAUGGAUCUCUUCAGCAGCUUUCAAAGUAGCGUUAAAGCUAGUGCCAGACAGCAAGGGUUUAAUCACAAUUCUCAUGGGAAAAAAUAAAAGUAACGAUGACUUUAAGAAGGAAAUGCGCACCUUAAUUUCACUACUGGCACCUCUGUUAAAAGAAAUUCACAACGUUCUGGGUGCAUAUGGUCUUGAUACGUUUAAAUCUACUUGAAGAUGAAGUGCUAGACAAGCUGUACAUAACUUAUUAAGUUCUCUGACUUUUUUUUUUCUUUUUUUUCUUUUGCUUGUUAUGUAAGUAUACAUCUCAAGCUCUUGUAUGUCAAGUUCAGUUAUGUUUACAACUUCCUUUUGGUACUUAAUUGUAAGCACCACAAAGAAUACGGAAAGUGAUAUGUAGUUUUUUCUUUAA